CAGCUCAUGACUCGAAAGACAGCACCGAUCUUCAAUACCAUCUCUGAUCUCGGCGCAAGUGAGGGAGAGAUGGUAACUAGAGGAGGCGGAGAGAAAGCGACUGCUAUCACAUGAGAGGGAGGGGAGUAAUGGCAAGGUGAAGGGAGGCAGCGAGAGGACUGAAGCAUUGAUAGGAGCGCCACAGGCAAGGAGGGAGUGAUCGAGAGAGGGAAGUGGAAGGGAGUAAGCAGCAUAACAGCCUGGAUAGAGUGGUGUGCAGAACAACAGUGGGACCGCAGAGGACAUGAGAAAAAACAUCUGACACAACAAGAGAGAUAAAAAAAAAAACAAGGACAAGAGGAAUCGGGACGUCAUGUGAAAAGAAAAGAAAAGUAACAAGAGAUACAGAAGAUCUGGUAGCCGAUGAGGUCAGAUAGUUGAGCAUGUGACAGAUGAAACUGUUGUUUUCCCUGGGAGGGGUAAGAUAAAUGUGUUGUGAAUCUUUGCACGUGUUUGCUUGCGUGUGUCAUGAAGAUACAAAUGAAGACAGAGCACCUGUUAUUCUGAGACAUCGCAUGCAUUGGACCAUCUCUGCAGCAUUUUACCUACCUGCACGCUGUUUGACCUUCCUUAGUCAGCAGGAGGAGUGUGACUGCGGAGAGAAAGAAGAGAGAAAGCAAGAGAAGUGAAGGGAGAGUGAGUCUACAGAAAAUACCCUGAAAGGGAGAUAGAAUGUUGAAGUGGAUUUGCAGCUAAGGGAGUUGCUGCUGUCAUUAGUGCGCCUGCACUGUCCUCAUAAUCUUAGACCUCUGCUUCGUUCUCCUGUGGCAAUACAGUAGACUGGAUUUUUGUCAGACUAAAAGUCUGGACCUUUAAUUGUCCACAGCUUCUAAAACAAGACUUCUGCCUGGAUUUAUUGACUAAAACCUCAUCUGAAGUGACCUCAGUUCCUUGAAAGGGCCUGGAUUUAGUUUUCAUACUGUGUGAAAUGCAUUUCUGAACAUUUAAAGAUAUUCAAAUGUUAGUGCCGUGAGUCUUCUUCAAGAACGGAUAUGUCAGACAAUCCCCAAGGGUGUUCCGGACCUGCUCCCAGGGUGGGAGACUCCAAGGUGGGAGAGGCUAAAAUUGGAGAGGGGAUAAGGAUGGGUGAGAGAGACACCCCUCUGAGGCUGUCGCCGUUCCGUAUGCUUCGAAUGCUGGAUUCGUGCCGCCCACCAGGAAACCGGAUCGGGAUCGUCCAUGAAAAUGUGAAGAUGGGAUCAGAUGGUGAAAGUGAUCAAGCGUCUGGGACAUCCUCUGACGAGGUUCAGAGUCCAGUGAGGGUCCGCAUGAGGAAUAAUCAUCAUCGGCGCAUAUCUAAUGAGGACAUAAACAAGCGGUUGUCUCUUCCUGCUGAUAUCCGACUGCCAGAGGGCUACUUGGAGAAGUUUGCCAUGAACAGCCCGCCUUUUGACAAACCCAUGAGCCGCAGACUUCGGCGCGCAUCACUGUCUGAAAUUGGCUUUGGGAAACUUGAGACGUACAUCAAACUGGACAAGCUGGGCGAGGGCACCUACGCUACAGUGUUUAAAGGCCGAAGCAAGCUGACAGACAAUUUGGUAGCUCUGAAAGAGAUACGCCUGGAGCAUGAGGAAGGAGCACCCUGCACCGCCAUAAGAGAAGUGUCUCUGCUGAAAGACUUGAAACAUGCUAAUAUUGUCACCCUCCAUGACAUCAUCCACACUGACAAGUGCCUCACUCUGGUGUUUGAAUAUCUGGAAAAAGAUCUCAAGCAAUAUAUGGAUGACUGUGGGAGCAUCAUGAGUAUUCACAACGUCAAGAUCUUCUUAUUCCAACUUCUAAGAGGUCUAGCCUACUGCCACAGAAGGAAGGUUCUCCACAGAGACCUCAAACCCCAGAACUUGCUCAUCAACGAGAAAGGAGAGCUAAAGCUGGCAGAUUUUGGUUUGGCUCGGGCCAAGUCUGUCCCAACAAAGACGUACUCAAAUGAAGUUGUGACGUUAUGGUACCGACCUCCAGAUGUUCUCCUGGGCUCAACUGAGUAUUCUACACCCAUUGAUAUGUGGGGUGUUGGUUGCAUCUUCUAUGAAAUGAUCACAGGCAGACCUCUGUUCCCUGGAUCGACUGUGGAGGAUGAACUACACCUCAUAUUUCGUAUUCUUGGUACUCCCACAGAAGCAACAUGGCCUGGAAUAACAACAAGUGAAGAGUUUAAAACAUACAAUUUCCCCCGCUACCAUGCUGAACCCAUUGUCAACCACGCACCCAGGAUAGACAGCGAUGGUCUUGACUUGCUGUUAAAGCUUUUACAGUUUGAAGCAAAGAAUCGUGUAUCAGCUGAGGAGGCACUAAGACACCCGUAUUUCAAAACUCUGGGAGAGCAUGUUCAAUCGUUGCCUGACACUGCUUCCAUCUUCUCGAUAAAAGGCAUCCAACUGCAUAAAGAUCCAGGGAAGAGGUCCUCACUUCACCCAGAAUCAACGGUGGCCCAUAAGCUAGGCUCUGCACCCUCGCAGUACUUCCAGAGAGAGGCAGCCAAUCCCAGGGUUCAGAGUCACAAUCUCUCCUCCACUUCCACUGGCUGACUGGGCCCUAACAAUCUGGCCAGGGGAAGAACCGGAGGCAGAGUGUGUUGUUUUAGUGCUGGCGGUUAGGUGAGAUGCAGAGGGAAGUGACACGUGGAGCUGUCUCAUCAAGACGAACAUUUACCAACUCUGCCACACACAAACCGAAGGAGCGACGCACACCCUGCCACACAAAGUCAUACACUCCUACCAGAGGAAAACAAAGACAAACACGCGCACAUUCACAUUCAUGCAGGAAAUGUAAAAUCACACAAAUCCAUGGCUGAAGAAUUUUAACUUACAGAUAAAAGACUCCAUUCAACCCUAAAGAUGAUAAUAAUAAAGAAAAAAGUGAAGCUGAAAGAAAAGUGGGAGAAUAUAUUUUUCUCCUUGCUGCUACUACCACUGCUGUCCAGAAGAGGGUAGCAUUACGAUGAGCUGACUCAGAUUUGACACAGAACUUGCUGUAUCAGUGAGCUGUGAGGAAGGAGUCAAAGUGAACACAAAUCAAAGGCAAAGAGAGUAAGAGGUGUGCACUCAUACUUUCUGCCCGAAUUAUUGCUGUACAUAGAUAGAGUAAGCUGUAGACCUCUUACUUUUUUUCAUAGCACACCUCAGCCUGAAUCCAAACUUUAAAGCAUAACACCUCAAUCCUAAACCUUUACCUAACUCCUUAAAUGAUGUUUAUCUGUCUUCUUUUAUACAUCUCUUUUAAAACACACUGACUCACACUAAUGGCUCACUUGAAAAUGGAGAGUGUGUGGAUAAUUGGAGUUUACAGAGAUAAACAUUUGCACCUUAUUGCCCAACAGAGGUCAGGGCGGCUGCCUUUCUGUUACCUCAUCAGUCACUCCAGCAGAGUAGGAUGCCAAGUACACGACUGAACAAGAAUCAAUUGAUAAACCAAAAAUGAGCCCAUUGAAACGAUAGGACAUGGAUAAGAUGUUUUUUUUUUUUUUUGCACUACUUUAUAUUUGAAAAACUUUGCAUUCCUGCAAUGCUGUAAAAAAAAACAACAACAAAAGAAACACUACACUGCAGGAUGCUCUUGAUCUGUUUCUUUGAGAAGGAUAACACUGAAGAGGUAAAGGAAGUGUACAAAUCCUCACCUGCUGAUUCCGAGACACCUCCCUCCCUCGUCCUUUUUGCCUUGACUGAGAAGUUAUUCGUUGUCUCAUGUGCAGGUGUUAAUGUUAAACUGUCCUCUUUGUAUCUGAUUUUACCUCCCAACUCAUGAGUAGACCCUUAAAAACAACUAUCUUUUGUUAAACCUUAAGUGUUUUUUCUUUUUUACUGUUUUACGUUUCUUUUUUUUUAAUCUGUAUAUAUGAUCAUGAGAUUUACUUUUUCAGAAGAAGCAAUGAUUAUUCCAGGAUGCUGUUCUCAGUCUUAACAGUGGUUGAUAAGCUGGGGACAUGUUGCACAUUCCUUGAGCUCAGGACUUUUUGCUCGUGUUUAUUCUGUGGGUGCAGGUGAGGUGCAGGUGAUCGCGUGUUUCCCCAGGAGAGCAAAUCAUGGUCUGAAGUCCUUUGCAAUGCUGGUUUAAACUGUAUGUAAAGAAUUUCAGUCUGUGUUGUCACUCAUUCUCUGUUAGCUCCACUGUCACUUGCUGUUCAGAGACUACCUUACAUUGCGUCCUUUCCCGUCAUCUUUUUCAGCAUGUUUCUGUAUUAAACACACGUUUUUAUGUUGGUAUGUGGAGUAGCUGCUGCAGGACGUGUUGCAUGGGAAAUGAUUUUAUCACAUGAAUAUUACAUCCUACAACACAUAGAGUGAACCAGAAGACUGUACCAAAAGCAUCGCAAAGACAAUGACAACACAGUGUAGUGUAAGAGUGUGAAGUGCUGGCUGAGACCAGAGAGGUUAUACAACAAACCUUACUCAGCUGAGACACAGUAUUCAGGCACUCAGGCAUGCAGGGUCCUCCAUUUGUCCUGCCACGCCUUUGUAAAAAGAUGGGAAUAGCAAAAUCAAUUGGAAAAAAAAAGAUUAAAAUACAGCAAAAAAAUUAUAUUUUAUUGCAGUCAUCUAAUCUGAAGUGCAUUUGAAGUCGUAGAACAAUGAUUUAAUUUUAACAUAUUCAUUCAGCAGAAAAACGUAAUUUAUAUUUACUCCUUUUACAAAAUUAAUAGCUAUUUCAAUUAAUUAAUUGUAACCGAAGUUAUUUUGUAUUUAGAUUUUAACCUAAAUACAGCAACAACUUUAAAUUUUUCAUUUAACUUUUUAUUUUUUUAUGACUUUGUAUGCAUAAGUCAUAAAAUCUAUAGUUAGAACAACAAUUAAGUUUAAAAACAACUGAACUCAAGUUAAUUUUGUUAUCGUGGACAUUAAGGGAGGUAAAAAAAUAUUCUACAAGUCAUUGUUAGAGAACUUUUGCAGAAUUUUCUGUGAGAUUAUGUCACUGCAAUAAAAAAGAAUAAGUAAUUUGAAUCAUUUUAGUUCCUCCAUACUUUUUACUUGGUGUGCCAGUAAGUGUGGAUGGCACUGCAGUGUUCAUUCAUCCAUUUUGGUAUUACAGGCUGCCAGAACUGGACGAGCAACGCCGCUCCUCCCAAGCACCAGGUGUUCAAGCACACAACUGUUUUUACACACCAGUUAGUUGACUUGUCAACUAGUACCGUUUCUGUCAGAAGGCCUGAGUUUCAUCUGCUUCGGACACUGACCUUGGGUUGUUUCUGCAUUUUCUCUGAAAUGGAUUUAGAACAAAGUCAAGCGAUCCCAUGCCCUUACCUGUUAUAAGGACUACUUAUUUUCCUAGAGUGUGACAGUAUGUAGCAUGUACAUAGAUGAUUCCUCACUCUGUAUAUAUAGAAAUGUACAGGUUUGAUACAGCUAUUCACAUUCUAGAUUUUUUUCCCCUUUUUUUGCUUUCUUUAUUAAAAGUUCUAGCAAUAUUUCUGUAAUCAAUAAAAAGCCAUGGAAAUUG